GCUGGGAUUACAAGCAUGAGCCACCGCGCCCGGCCUAAAUAUGACACAAACAUGCAAGAACUCCUGAGAAGCGGUGCUCGUUUGGUGCGGACCUGGUACCUCUUUUGUGAAGCGGCAGCUGAGGAGACUCCGGCGCUCGCCAUGGCCGACGAAAAGCCCAAGGAAGGAGUCAAGACUGAGAACAACGAUCAUAUUAAUUUGAAGGUGGCGGGGCAGGAUGGUUCUGUGGUGCAGUUUAAGAUUAAGAGGCAUACACCACUUAGUAAACUAAUGAAAGCCUAUUGUGAACGACAGGGAUUGUCAAUGAGGCAGAUCAGAUUCCGAUUCGACGGGCAACCAAUCAAUGAAACAGACACACCUGCACAGUUGGAAAUGGAGGAUGAAGAUACAAUUGAUGUGUUCCAACAGCAGACGGGAGGUGUCUACUGAAAAGGGAACCUGCUUCUUUACUCCAGAACUCUGUUCUUUAAAGACCAAGAUUACAUUCUCAAUUAGAAAACUGCAAUUUGGUUCCACCACAUCCUGACUACUACCGUAUAGUUUUCUCUAUUCUUUCAUUUCCCCCUUCCCCAUUCCUUUAUUGUACAUAAAGUAACUGGUAUAUGUGCACAA